AGUAGUAACAAAAAGAUUGUCACAAAAGAUAUGUUAAAGAUAAGAGAGGGAAAAAAGAAAAGACAAAAGAUUACGCAAGCAGUAAGGUACUUAGGUAAGACAGUUACUUAAACACAGGAAGAUAAAACGACAGAACAUGUGAAGAUUCUCUUAAAAAGUUAAAACCUGUCGGAAAAGCUAAAGAUGCUGGAAGGGAAAGCAAAGGUGGAAGACACAGAUAUGCCAGUGAAGAUGCAAAUGAAAGCAUUGAACAUUGCUUCUCAAUCUCUCGAUCUUUUUGAUCUAUCUGACUGUCAACCUAUCGCUGCUCACAUCAAGAAGGAGUUUGAUGAGAGAUAUGGAAGUGGUUGGCAAUGCGUGGUGGGAUCAAACUUUGGGUGUUUCUUCACACAUUCUAAAGGAACUUUCAUCUAUUUCCAUUUGGGAACCCUCAAAUUCCUCAUCUUCAAAGGAGCCACUCUUUAGUUUCUUAAUAACACCCAUGUUUGUUUUUGUGUAGGAAGCUGUGUUUUUUUUUUGGUUCUCUCUUUUCAUGUUUGU